AUGGCGCCUUCGGAGACACUGCUUGAGGAUGCUUCUUAUUGGGAUCCAGGGGGACAGAGACAGAACCCGGAGACCCAGGAGCGGACGCAGCCCCAGAGAUGCUUUGACCAGAGGCCGGGGUUUGCUACCUAUUGCUUUCUCUGCAGCGCUCAAGUCCUCUGUAAACCCCAGCUUGACUUUCUCCAGGUACUCAGACCUCUUGGCACAUCUCCAGAUGAGAUCCCUGGUGCUUCUAGUCGUGAAACGAAUGAUUGUCGUUCUCGGGUAAUGACACCCAAGUCCACUGACAGAGACAAACACAAGCAGAGUGAACUAGGACUGACUCCUUCACCCGAUUCAGAUAAGUUUCAGGUUGUUGGUCCAGAUGGUCCUCUUGUUGUUGGAGCUGGUGAAGAUGUGAUUCUGCCCUGUUCUCUCAAACCCAACAUCAGUGCUGUGGACAUGACAGUGCAGUGGUUUAGACUCCAUACAUCAGAUUUACUGUUGCAUUUUUAUGAAGGUGGAGCUGAAAGUAAAGAUCAGAUUCAGUCUUACAGAGGGAGGACAUCACUGUUUAAAGAGGAGCUACAGAAAGGCAACGCUUCAUUAAAACUCUCAAGAGUGAAAGUCUCUGAUGAGGGAGAAUACAGAUGUAUCAUACAGUCUAAAAACUGGAUUGAUGAUAUUUCAUUUAAAAUCAGUGUUGGAGCUGUGGGAACCUACCCGGUGGUCUUUAUGGAGGGCUACAGUAUUGGGAAAGGACUCAGUCUGCUGUGUGAAAUUAAAGGCUGGAACCCUGAACCUGAAGUUCUGUGGCUGGACAGUGAUGGAAACCUUCUCCCUGCUGAAGAUACAGAGACACUCAGAGACCCAGAAAGAUUCCAUGUUAAAAAACAUGUCACUGUACAGGACAGUAACACCAACAGGUUCUACUGCAGAGCAAUACUGAGAGAUCAUAUGAGGGAGGCAGAGAUUAUUAUAUCAAGUCAAGUUUUUCAUACCUGGAGAAGUCGUAUGAUCUGGAUUUCAGUUUUAGCUUCAGUUAUUAUUACUGGAUUAAUUAUUAUUGUCUGCAGUUCUCUUAAAAUCAAAGAGAAAGAGAGGCAAAUUGAUGAAGAGUUUAAAAGGACAAAAAGAAAAUAUGCAAUGGCUGUGACUCUGGAUCCUGAUACAGCUCAUCCAAACCUAAUCUUAUCUGAUGAUGGACAACAAGUGACAUAUGGAUUCACACCACAGAUCCUCCCUAACAACCCAAAGAGAUUUAAAGUCCAGUUGAGUGUCCUGGGAAAGGAGGGGUUCUCCUCAGGGCGAUUUUACUAUGAGGUACAGGUCAGUAGUAAGGCUGAGUGGUAUUUAGGAGUGGUCAGAGAGUCUGUUAAUAGGAAGAGGUAUAUUGCACUGAGCCCUACAAAUGGAUACUGGGUUAUGUGUCUGUGGAAUGGGACUCGAUAUAAGGCCUUUGCUGGUCCUCCUGUCCUCUCUCUGAAACAGAAACCCCAGAAGGUGGGGGUGUUUGUGGAUUAUAAGGAGGGUCUGGUCUCCUUUUAUGAUGUGGAGACCAGGUCUCACAUCUACUCUUUUACUGGUCAGACUUUCACUGGGAAACUCUAUCCAUACUUCAGUCCCUGUAGUAGUUUUGAAGGUAAGAACUCUGCUCCUCUGAUCAUCACCCCUGUAAAUCAAAUUGAAUGA